AUGGAUGUGAUGCUGCUGCUUUUGGGGCCGGCUUGGGGCUUCGGGGACGAGGAGGAGCGGCGCUGCGACCCCAUCCGCAUCUCCAUGUGCCAGAACCUGGGCUACAACGUGACCAAGAUGCCCAACCUGGUGGGGCACGAGCUGCAGACGGACGCCGAGCUGCAGCUGACAACUUUCACGCCGCUCAUCCAGUACGGCUGCUCCAGCCAGCUGCAGUUCUUCCUUUGUUCCGUGUAUGUGCCAAUGUGCACAGAGAAGAUCAACAUCCCCAUCGGCCCGUGCGGCGGCAUGUGUCUUUCUGUCAAGAGGCGCUGUGAACCUGUCCUGAAGGAGUUUGGAUUUGCCUGGCCGGAGAGCCUGAACUGCAGCAAAUUCCCACCCCAGAACGACCACAACCACAUGUGCAUGGAAGGGCCAGGGGACGAGGAGGUGCCAUUACCCCACAAAAACUCCAUCCAGCCUGGGGAAGAGUGCCAUUCCGUGGGGACCAACUCCGAUCAGUACAUCUGGGUGAAAAGGAGCCUGAACUGCGUUCUCAAGUGCGGCUACGAUGCUGGCUUAUACAGCCGCUCAGCCAAGGAGUUCACCGACGUCUGGAUGGCCGUGUGGGCCAGCCUGUGCUUCAUCUCCACUGCCUUCACCGUGCUGACCUUCCUGAUCGAUUCUUCCAGGUUUUCCUACCCUGAGCGCCCCAUCAUCUUUCUCAGUAUGUGCUAUAAUAUUUAUAGCAUUGCUUAUAUUGUCAGGCUGACUGUAGGCCGGGAAAGGAUAUCCUGCGAUUUUGAAGAGGCAGCAGAACCUGUUCUCAUCCAAGAAGGACUUAAGAACACAGGAUGUGCAAUCAUUUUCUUGCUGAUGUACUUUUUUGGAAUGGCCAGCUCCAUCUGGUGGGUUAUUCUGACACUCACUUGGUUUUUGGCAGCUGGACUCAAAUGGGGUCACGAAGCCAUUGAGAUGCACAGCUCCUAUUUCCACAUCGCAGCCUGGGCCAUCCCCGCGGUGAAGACCAUUGUCAUCUUGAUUAUGAGACUGGUGGAUGCAGAUGAACUCACGGGCCUGUGCUACGUUGGGAACCAAAACCUUGAUGCCCUCACCGGCUUCGUGGUGGCUCCCCUGUUCACUUACCUGGUGAUCGGAACUUUGUUCAUUGCUGCAGGCUUGGUGGCCUUGUUCAAAAUUCGGUCAAAUCUUCAAAAGGAUGGGACAAAGACCGACAAGUUGGAAAGGCUCAUGGUCAAGAUCGGGGUCUUCUCAGUCCUGUACACGGUUCCUGCAACCUGCGUGAUUGCCUGCUAUUUCUAUGAAAUCUCCAACUGGGCGCUUUUCCGCUAUUCCGCAGAUGACUCCAAUAUGGCCGUUGAAAUGUUGAAAAUUUUUAUGUCUUUGCUGGUGGGCAUCACUUCGGGCAUGUGGAUUUGGUCUGCCAAAACUCUUCACACAUGGCAGAAGUGUUCCAACAGAUUGGUGAACUCUGGGAAGGUAAAGAGAGAAAAAAGAGGGAAUGGUUGGGUAAAGCCUGGGAAAGGCAAUGAAACUGUGGUGUAAAGCUAGCCAGCCUCCACGCUUCCCAAAUUUUGAUGGGGAAAUGCCAGCAUUUCGGUGCAAAUGCUACUAAAAGUUUCAUGCAGUGAAUCUCAGUUUAAACAAACUAGCCACCCUAAGGUGACCCCCUUCACUCACUACCUUCUCCCUCUCACCCCAGCAUCAUAAAACUAAUGAUUUUGCUGCAGACUUUGGAAUAAUCCAAAAUGGAAAAGCCAGUUAGAGGCUCUCAAAGCUGUGAAAAAUCAUAACAUUGAUCACUUUAGCAGGUCGCAACUUGGAGCGUGGAGGUCCUGCCUAGAUUCCAGCGAUGCUGCUUUUCCCUGAGGGGUGGGAUUUGAGCUGUGAGUAGGUAACUUGCAGGGAGAAAGAUUAACUUUUUUUUUUAACUCUUUAAAAUUUAAAAUACUAACUGGGUCUUUCAGAUAGCAAAGCAAUCUAUAAACACUGGAAAUGCCGGGUUCAGAGACGUGUUACAAGAGUUUUAUAGUUUGGCUGAUCUAACAUAAACAUUUUCUGUGGUGCAUUGUCUGCUGUUUAGAACUUGAGGAUUGCUCUCCCAAGAGGUGGUGUCAGAAUCUUUCAGUGCCUUUGUCAUAAAACAGAAUUGUUUGAACAAACAAAAGUACUGUACAAACACACAUAAGGUAUCCAGUGGAUUUUUCUUCUCUCUCUUCUUAAAUUUCAACAUGUCUGUUUGAGGCUGCUGCUGUUUUUGUGUUGUUGGGUGUUUUUUUUUUCAUUUUACAUUCAUAACUCAAAAUAGGCAUUUUUAUAGGAAUUUUUGCACUGCAGCGUGCCUAAUGAGGGGGGACGGAAGGGUGAUUCACUUUCUGACAAUCACUUAAUUCAGAGGAAAAUGAGAUUUACCAAGUCGACUUACCUUACCGACCCCAGAGACCUAUUGCAUUGAGCAAUGGGGAUUUAAUAUAUUUUACUUUGUGUGAUUGCAUCUAUGCAGACGCCAGUCUGGAAGAGCUAAAAUGUUAAAUUUCUUGGCAACUUUGCAUUCACACAGAUUAAACUGUGUAAUUUGUGUGUGUCAAUUACAAUUAAAAGCACAUUCUUGGACCAUGACAUAAUAGUAUACUGAACUGACUUUCAAACUGUGGUCAACUUGCAUUCUCGGAAUGAUAGUGCCUUUUUUUUUUUUUCCUUUUAGCAUAAGAAUGUUAUCAGAAAAGUCUGGUCUACCUGCCACAAUGGGGACUUUUUCAGUGUUGUAGAGGGGACUAAGGACAGCUAAUCCAACGACUUGGUGUAUAAUUGUUUCCCAGUAAUUGGCAAAGGCUCCUUAUAAGAUUUCAUUGGAGGCAGCGUGGCCUGGAGUAUUUAUAUGGUGCCUAAUGAAUCUCCAGAAUGCCAGCCAGCAGCUGAUUGGUUUGUAGCGAAUAAAGUGUAGACCCUAUGAAAUGAACUGCAAACUCUAACAGCACAGGUCUUAAUUGCCUUUUGCGGAGGUAUCCAGAGCUUUUAAAAUUUAUGCUUUAUGUUCCUUACAAGGGGGUACCCCCUAGCAGCCUCUCCAAAGUUGCAAUUCUUUUAAAAUUGUAACUGGCCUUUCUCUUAACCGGCCUUAGGCCCUCUAAUCACCAGAUCUCCGGGACAAAUUGUUGACACUGUCGCAGGUUGCUCUCCUUGUAACUCUUACCUGUCUGCUUCAGCGACUACUUUGCAAUGACUCCUUUAUUUAUUUAUUCAUGCCCCACUUUAAAAAAAAAAAAAAAACAGGUAGGAAAGCUCUUUUAUCACUUGUUUUUUAAUGGAAAAACUUCUCCAGGGACUCACAAUUCCAAGUAGGUAGGCAAAUUCUGGAAAUAAGCAUGGCUUUCUGUUUGUUGGAGCUUUAUGCCCUUGGUUCAACAUGUUCCUUCCUUCUCUCCCCUGCUUUUGUGUGGUUCUUGCACAGUCCGAGAUGAAUUUGCAUAUAAAGACCUGUUGCAGGUUCUGGAAGGGAAAGCCUUGAGGUUUUGGAGACAGGCACUAAGUAGGCACGGGAGGGUGUGUGUCACGGGUUGGGGGGGGGGGGGGGGGGGACAGCCUGAGCACCUUGGCUGGCCUCCGGGGUCAGGCUUCAGGAGCAUGAGAAAGGGUCCUUGGGAGGACCGGUUGAACUCCAUCUGAGACCACAUGGCCUAUGAAAUGUACAAUGUGAACUCCCUGGCUGCUUGCAGACAGUUCCCAUAGCUGGCCAGGGCCCUGGAGCCUGCACCCAGGGCAGAGCCUGCCCUUACUCACGCUCUGCUCUGGUGUCUUGGGACUUGUUUGGAGCCUCUGGCCCAGGCCAGGGAAGGACCGUGCAGCCGGGCACUGGCCUUGCUGUUAGCAUGCUGGGGGCUGUCAUGCAAUUUUCUUUGUCAUGUGUUGGCGAUGGUGUAACCAAGGCAGCACCUAGCAGAGGGCGCAGAGUAGGUGCUCAAUAUUUGUGAAUGAUGCCAUAAUAAUAAUGACACAAGAGUACAUGAGUGAACCUGGACACUGAGUUCUGUGCCUUGACAACUUGUCUCUCCAGCAAAGCUCUUGCCUCCUGGGGGGCAGUGUACUUGAUCAGAAGUGGCUGUGGAUGCAGCCGGGUUACUGGCCUUGGCAACGUCACAGGGUGAUGGGCCUUUCCUUUCACACUCAUGGAGAGUGUUCAUGGUUUCAGGAAAGGAGCUUGUGGCUAAGGCGUCAGUUACCAAUGACCCUGAAGUGAUUCCAUCCCCUCUUACAUUGGUUUUGUCUAAAAAGAAAAGAAAAAAAAGGUCGAUGAUUAGCACAUUGCUUGAGCACCAACUGUGUGUAAGGCCCUGUGGCAGGCACUGUAGGCGAUGUCCUGGAGGGUAAGCUCUGCUCUCACUGUCCUAGACCAGGAUGCUUCUGGGUCUGCUGAACUUCGCCAUUGGUUUUGGGAAGGUGUGAGUGUGUCUGAAUUGCCAUCUCUUUCACUGUCUUCAUCCCCUAAACCUCCUCCUGGGUCUUUCUCUCUUUGACGCAUCUCUGGUCCCUUCCCAGAAUUCCCUGCAAAUCAAUGACAGGGCUCUGACAGGAAGCAUCCACUGUUUCAUAGCGUUUUCGUGGAAAUCCCAAGGAACACUAUGAAAUCGGCGGUGAGCACGUGAGCACCCACAUCUAAUGUGGCUCUGGGUGGAGGCAGUUCAGGGCCUGGGGUGUUCCAUGCAGCUUGCACAGGAAAUUUGCGGACAGUGUCUUGCUAGGAAAAAGGUUAGGGCUGUUGUUGUUUUCUCUGGAGUCUAGAAUAAGUAGGUAUACUUGUAGCUUCUUACACAUGCCUUGGUCUCUGGAGAUUUUACUCAGCAGAGCCUAAGGCACCUGUCCAGCCUCCUCUCUGACAAACUCCUUUCUCCUCCUUCAUUAAGGCCGGGUCUCAGGGCAGAGAGACGUGGGAUAGGGUGGAACUGGCCAGAACCAUCUGGUUGAGCUACUUGGUUGAUUCAUAUCCUUUUUCCUCUAUGAAGACCUGUUUCCUGCUCUCUGAGGCUGCUUCUGAGCUGGCAGCUUGCUCAGGGGCCUGAAACCUGAGAAGGGGUGACACGUUUCUCCUGAGAUGCUCUCUGACUUUCCUCUCCCGGGUCACUCCCUCACCUGCACCCCCAAACCCAGGGUGUGGGAAACUUCUGUAUCCAGCUCUGAGCUGUGACUUCGCCAGCAUCCCCAGCUCUGUCCUCUCUGCCCCCACUCUGCCUCCUGGCCACUGAAUUCAGUGCUUCCUCUGUUGGGAGCUAUGCUGGGACCUGAGGUCGAAAAGAGGAACUCAGCCCCGGGGGGCACUCAGUGGAGAGGGAGUUCACCAGGAUGGUGCAAGCUUUGGAUUCUGGUGAGGUGACCUCAGCAGCAAGUAGGGAAGAGAGACACAGAGCACAGACUUUCGAAACACCCCCCUCUCUUCCCACUGAAUCAGUCUUCAUCCUGAAUUUCAAUCUGCGAUGGAGGAGAUUGAGGGAGGGUUGCUGUUUCAGCCAAUGAUGUUGAGUCACUGGACUCUGACAGUUCAUUUUGCUCCUUUAUUGUAUUUGGGUUCAGAGUCCCCAGCUGGGUUUGUAUCAUGUCUGGCAAAGGACCCAGGUUAUCGUUUUUCUUCUGGGCCUACUUCACGGUUCUUGGAAACUCGUAGGAGAGCAUUUUGCUCCGACCUAGGAUCAGAUACCAGAGGCUUAAAUAAUGUAUUUUGCUUCACUGUGGUCUGGCCAGAGCUUUCUGCUGCUGCCUCUUGCCUUGCCCAUGGGCAGUAAUGGCUCGCGGGACAUUACCAGGAGGAAGGUGGACCCCGAUGCCCCCCAGCACGCCUUUUCCAAGCCCCAUUGCCCUAGAGUAGCUUGUUUCUGUUUCUGGUUUAUCUGUUUCCCUUCUUCUUUGCACCAGCAAAUUCUCAGUAUUCACCCAGGCGAUUGGUAGUGGACCUGUUUGGGGACCUGUGUGAGCCUUGCCCUUCCAGCUUUUGUAGCUCCCCGAUCCCCUGUGAUAUUCAGUACAUGACCACUGUCAUCCCAGAAGGCUCCUGAGAAGAGGGGCAAGAGCAAGGGCAGCUGUGCCCCGUGAUGGCUGGGCCCAUCUGGUCUCCCAGGUGUGCACCGUUCCCGCCCUGCUGAUGGGCCCCGGCCCGGACUCAGCUGUGGGCUUUGACUGGAGCGGGCCUGCUUUCUGGGUCUCUCACCAUGGGGCAUCUUGGUGGUUCUGAAUUUUUUUCUACCUCACAGAAAUGUAAGACUUUAAAAGGUCUGAGGAUGAACCCCCUUGAGCCCAUUGUAGGAAGGGUGGAAUAAAUACCAGCUGGAUCUGUGAAAAAAUGAAUGGGACUCCACCUGCUCACGCCACAGUGAAGCUAGUGCUCCGCGGCCCAUUCCCCAGAGCCCCGUGCCUCCGUGCAGCUCCAACCACCUCGAGGCCAACCUGGAAACUUUCAGAUGUUCGACAUACAGGUACCAGGCAAACCCGGCUACACCUGCCCUGAAUGCAUCGCUGACCGUCGAAGGAAAUGGACCCCGCUUUUAAGGAUGUACAAACGUGUGUCUGCAUUGAUGUCUGUACUGUAAAUUUCUAAUUUAUCGCUGUACAAAAUAAAUAAAUAAACUUUGCUAUUUAAUUUUUGUAUUAAAGGAAAAUAAACUUUUGUUUAUUA